GAAUAUCAUUAAGGAAGUGGAUAAAUUGGGUUGAAUAUCAUUAAGGAAGUGGAUAAAUUGGGUUGAUCAUUAAGGAAGUGGAUAAAUUGGGUUGAAUAUCAUUAAGGAAGUGGAUAAGUUGGGUUGAAUAUCAUUAAGGAAGUGGAUAAAUUGGGUUUAAUAUCAUUAAGGAAGUGGAUAAGUUGGGUUGUCUUCCUGUCUAUUUCAUUUUAUGUGUUCGGAAUUCGCCGUACAUUAUGAACAGUGAAGAAAAGAAAGUUUCGUGCGUCCUAACGGUCGUAUCGCAGUGAGAGCGUGGAUGUAACGGUUGCAUGGUAACGGUUGCAUGGUAACGGUUUGCUGUAAGGAGCACGAGCGCAGGAGAAAGGGGGUCGGGCGAACAGCUCUCGGCACCCGGGACUCGACGCUCCCCUCGGCUCUGAUUGGUCGCUGCCCUGCAGUUUUCGCGCCAACGCGCUGCAUUGUGGGGAUGGGUUAGCGGAAGUCCGCUGGUCGUGGAGAAACUGGGAGCUGCGGCUGUGUUUUGGUGUUUCGGAUUUAACUUUGCGGGGUGCAAAACUUGACCGAAACUGUAAACUGUUGAGUUUGUACGAAUGCGGGGAGAAGAGUCGUCGGAUUCUGAGUCGGGGAGGAUGGAGGAGAGCUCAGUCCGGAGGAGUUUGGAGACGUUGUGUCAGGAGCUGAACAUGGACGAGCAGACGGCCACUGAAGCCAUGGACAACUUCACUGCCAUCUGGGAUACUUACACACUAGAGGGAGAGGUGGUCCACUGGUUGGCCUGUUCGCUGUACGCAGCCUGCAGGAAAGGAUCCACUCCCACGGUGGGUAAAGGGCUGAUGGAAGGAAACUGCGUCUCCCUCACAAGGAUCCUUCGCUCCUCCAAACUCAGUUUGAUCCAGUUCUUCUCUAAGAUGAGGAAGUGGGCCGACAUGUCCAACCUCUCGCAGGACUUCCGGCUGCGUAUGGAGCGGCUGGAGCGCAACUUUGAGGUUUCCACGGUGAUAUUCCGCAAGUUCGAGCCCAUCUUCAUGGACAUGUUUCAGAACCCGCAGGGAGGCGAACCGCCACGCCAGCCACGCAGCAGGAAACACAGGCGGCUGCCCUGUCACAUCAGCGAUGUGUUCAAGUUCUGCUGGACUCUGUUUGUCUACACCAAAGGUAACUUCCGUAUGAUUGGUGAUGACCUGGUGAACUCGUACCACCUGCUGCUCUGCUGUCUGGACCUUGUGUUUGGCAACGCUCUGCUCUGUGCAAACAGGAAGGACCUCAUCAACCCGACAUUUAGAGGUCUGCCUGCUCUCUACCGCGCUGACGGCCACGUCUCACCAGACGAGCCGCCUCCGUGUGUGUUGGAGAAGUUGUGUGAGCUGCAUGACGGGCUGGUUGUGGAGGCGAAAGGCAUCAAACAGCAUUACUUCAAACCUUAUAUACAGAAACUGUUCCAGAAACAGAUCCUGAAAGGAAACGAGGAGCUUUUGACAGAACUGUUGGAUCCUCAGAACUUCAUUGAUAACAAUAAAGCCAUAAACAGGGAGUAUGAGGAGUACGUGUUGACGGUGGGAGAUUUUGAUGAGCGGGUGUUUCUUGGAGCCGACGCCGAUGAGGAAAUCGGAACUCCGAGGAAAAUCGUUCAGGAACCUUCAGCCAGCCAGACGAGCGCUCAGAACCAGCUGCAGCAACAUGUAGAGAAGUCGGGCUCUCUCGCUCCCUCCACCCCCCUGACGGGACGAGUCUACCUGAAGGAGAAGGACCUGCUCGUCACGCCCGUCUCCUCGGCGACGCAGAGCGUCAGCCGGCUGCAGAGCAUGGUGGCCGGGUUAAGGACCGCCCCCAGCGACCAGCUGAUGCAGAUUUUCAAAUCCUGCUCCAGAGACCCAACUGAGUCCAUACUGGCCAGAGUAAAGACACUGGGACAAACCUUCAAAGAACAUUACACCAACGACUCGGAGGAAUCAUCUGGCUCUCAUAUCGAUUUUGCAGAGAACCGACUGAAGCUGGCUGAGAUCCUUUACUACAAGAUCCUGGAGAACGUCAUGGUUCAGGAGACCAGACGGCUGCACGGCAAAGACAUGAGUGUUUUGUUAGAGCAGGAUAUCUUCCACUGUUCUCUGAUGGCGUGUUGUCUGGAGGUGGUGUUGUUCUCCUACAGCUCCCAGAGAACCUUCCCCUGGAUCAUCAACGUCUUCAAACUGCCCUCGUUCUACUUCUUUAAGGUGAUCGAGGUGUUCAUCCGCUCAGAGGAAGGCCUGUCCAGAGACAUGGUGAAGCAUCUGAACUUGAUUGAAGAGCAGGUUCUGGAGAGCAGAGCGUGGACUGCAGACUCGGCCCUGUGGAGCGCCCUGCAGGCCGCCGGGAACAAAGUCCCCACAGUGGAGGAGGUGAAUUUUUCCUCCAGUUUAGACACUGGUUCUGGUUCUGGUUCUGGUUCUGCCAUGGGAGGUCAGUCCCACCUGCCUCUGGUCGCCCUCUCGCCCAUCAUCCACCCUCGCAUCAGGGAGUUCAGAUCCGGUCUGGGCAGCGCACGCAAAGACGUGCCUCCUUCUCCGCUGUCGGUCCACGACAGGUACAGCUCCCCGGCAGCCGGCAGCGCCAAACGCCGUCUCUUCGGCGACGACCCUCCGACCGUGACAUCGGGAGUGAUCGCGGGUUUGAGCCCGAUAUCGUCUCCGGCUAAAAGGCUGACGUUCGGCUCCAGCAGCACCCUGAAGAUCGGAGCUCCGGGUACCCAGACCACCGUCCUGAGUAUCCCCCUGCAAGGAAUGAGUAACGAACGCACAAUCACACUGAUCCCGGUGCCGCCGUGUGAAUCAUCGGGUCCCGUCACCGCUCAGUUCCUGCUGACCGCCUCCCCCAGCCGCGCUGCGCCCGCUCCUGCACCCGUGACCUCUGACCCCCAGACGGGAAGCGGCAGGCCGCGACGCACCGGAUCACUGGCUCUGUUCUUCAGGAAGGUGUAUCACCUGGCCAGCGUGCGUCUGCGGGAUCUGUGCGUGAAGCUGGACGUCUCCUCGGAGCUUCGAGGGAAGAUCUGGACGUGUUUCGAACAUUCUCUGGUUCACUCGACCGAUCUGAUGCGAGACAGACAUCUCGACCAGCUGCUGCUGUGCAGCGUUUACAUCAUAUGCAAAAUCACCAAAGAGACUCACACCUUCCAGGACAUCAUGAAGUGUUAUCGCAGCCAACCACAAGCCAGCAGCCAUGUCUACCGCAGCGUCCUAUUGCGUCACACUCCCAGAGAGCAGGUGGCUGAUGAGAACAUGGAGGUGGAUCCUGCAUCGGGCGGCGAAUCUGCGGAGAAAACCAAUCAGGUCUCAGCAGAAGCGAACUCCGACCAAUCAGGGGAGGAGGAGCGCGGUGACCUCAUCCAGUUCUACAACAGCGUCUUCGUCCUGAAGAUGAAAAGCUUCGCGCUGCGAUACGCCACCCACGAUAACCGGGCGGACGCUCCUCCUCUCUCUCCGUUCCCGUCGGUUCGGGCUCAGCCUCUCUCUCCUCGUCGAGUCUCUCAGAGACACUCGCUGUACGUCUCCCCGCACAAGAACUCCGCAGGCUGCCUCACGCCGAACUCCUACACGUACAGGAUCAACAGCAGCCCGUCGAAGGAGUUAUCGGACAUCAACCGGAUGAUCCGGCAGGGCAGCGUGAGCAGGAAGAGGGCCUUCACCAUGGAGGGAGACAUGAUGAUGUCAUCAGCGUGCGACUCCCCCAGCAAGAGGGCGUGUCCAGAAAACGGCAGCAGUCCGGACGUGUUGCUGAAACGCCUGCAGGACGUCGUGUCAGAACGGCAAAGUCACUGACGGACAAAAAAAACCCCAACAUGAACAUGAAAGUAAUGAAAACGUUUUUCAUUACAGAACUGAAAGAAAGCAUCUGAAGAAGCUGAGAAGACGAACGUGACCCUUUCGUACCUCAGCGAGAAAACAACCAGUUACUUGUGGAGAAAUGUUUGUGUUUUUCAGGAAACUUUUCUCAUCACUGAUGCCAGUUUAUCUUUAUAUAUUAUGACCUGAUAGUCAUAGAGUCUGUGUAGCAUAUGAUGGCAGGAUUUAUGCCAUUUUGUUUUAUCCAAAGCAGCGUCUAAUUCCUCCUCCAGUGUUUCCAGAAACCACAAAAUUCAGGUUUUGAUACCAGUUAUAAUAUCUAAAAUUAGAUAUUUGAGCUACUGAGAUGCUUUACGUCUGUUAACUGAUUCUCGGUUUUCUUCAGCCGUUUGACUUAAUUGGUUGAAAUUCUUUGCUGUUAAAAUUCAUCUUUCAGCGCAGCAGUGAUGUCACAGUGUACUCCAGUGUACGCUGUGACAUCACUGCCAGUUAAACUCUUUCGAAUCCGCUCCGUUACGUCCUCUGCAGGUGGCGCCGAAAUGGUUUUUCAUCUGCCGAUUGCAUUAAAAAGUCCAAAAUACACAUUUUCAUACAAAAAUCUGAUAUGAAACGCAGAUAUUAAACGGCGGCGCAGAUGAAUCAUCACACAAAGAAGAAGUAAACACUCGAGUCUAUCGGCCAAUUCGUUAUAAGCUUUUUAUGUUUUCAGUCAGAUGACCCUAAUGAAGCAUUUUCAAGUAAGAUAUUGUUCAGUUGCCAUGACAACCGUGGCGUUUUCCUUUAAUCCUCUUAAAGCUUUCACCGUCUAAAGUAAAUUACAGUCUGAGGAAGAACUGAUAUCGGACUUAUUUUUACCCGACGUGACAGUUUAGUGAGAUUUGUGUGUAAAUAGUUUCCUUCAUGACAAAUCAGGCUGCGUUGUACAUUCUUCAGUAUUAAACAAAUCUGCUGAGUUUUCUACUUCCUGUAGAGAUUUUAUCGCGGAGGGGAAAUUGUUUAAUUUUAAUCUUUUACUAAUUAGUUUUACCGUUUCUCUUAAUGUUUCCCUUUUAUGGUUAUAAACCAUUUAAUGUAUAAUUCUGUAACGCGAACAACAAGAGUGCUCGUUUGAAGCAGCAUUUUUGUACGUGUGUGUGUGUGUGUGUGUGUGUGUGUGUGUGUGUGUGUGUGUGUGUGUGUGUGUGUAGUAUCUACACUUUAUUGAUUCUGUGUCUUCAUUCACUCAACAGUACUGAUGUUAGAAAUCUAACUUUACAGGUUUUAACAUUUAAUAUCUACUGUUUUUGUUUUGCUAAAAGCAAAGUUGGGAAAAAAAGGAGACAUUCAGAAACUAACUGCUUAUUGUAAAAAAAAAAAAAAUACAACUUUAAAGUGCAGAUUUUGCUAAAAGUAUAAUAAUGGAUGGAGAUGUGUAAGCAGGACACAGGUUUGUAUCACUGUGAUGCGUUUACUGAACACUCUUUAACCUCAAGGACAUUUGUAUUUUCUACAAACAGUCAAAGGUUUUGUACAAUAAAACAGCUUUUCAACUUUA